AAUAAGAUUUGCUGCCAUCGGAGAGAGAAAAAUGAUGUUACCAAGGAAGAGGAUGGGGAGAGAGAGAAGAAGAAUGUUAAGAAAGAAAGCUAGGGUUUGAAGGGAAAUAAGUGACAUGAAACAUGGAGGAGCUACCUGAUAUCAUCCUUCACCAGAAAACCCCACGAAAUCAAUUUCGUUUCUCCCAACUUAUUCCCUGAAGGAAGGGCUUACAUGGGAUUCAUCCGCUCAACACUUCAUCGCCGUCUCCAUUCAUCAACGAACCAUUCACUCCAUCUGACCGCCCGAUUGCCAACGAUGUCACUUUCGAUUUAGCAGGAAACGCCUACGUAACCAAUUCAGCUGGGAACUUCAUUUGGAAGAUCACGAUUGACGGUCAUCCCUCAAUUUUAUCCAGAUCCCCUGCGUUUACCUUCCAUAAAGUUGAUCCUGACUCGCCCUUCAGUUUCUGCGGCUUAAACGGGGCAGUCUACAUCAACAAAGGACGAAUGCGGGGAGAUGUUGAGGGUGAAUCGUUUAGUAUAGUGGAGAUUGAGUCGGUGAAGGAGACGAAUGAAGACUCCGUUUGGGUGUUUAUUCUUAUUGGAUUGGGUUUGGUUUAUUUCUUGAUUUGGAGAUUUCAAAUGCGUCAGCUUGCCACAAACAUGAACAAGAAAAUUGCUUAAGAGAACGAACGAUCAUACACACAGUUUUUAAUUUAGGCUUGUUUAUUUUCUGGGUUUUUCAGUUCUUCAUCCUGAAAUGAAACCUUUCUUUGUUGUGUAUGACUCCUUUCAAUUUCUAAUCAUAUACAAGUUCUUUUCCCAAUUUGAUUCCUCUUGUUCACACUCAAAUGGAUGUAAGACUGUUCAUAUUGAUUACCCCCUUUAUGCAAGAUUGUGUUAAGUCCCAUGAAACUAUUUGAAAACGCUUGAUCAUGCAUAAUCUUCAGGUGCUAUUCUCUAAUACCCUUGAAUGGGCAUUCUUUGUUUUCUCUUUUUCUUUGAAAAAGAUCGUUGCUUUACCAAUUUCUCAUGCCACCCUUGUAUGAAAGAAGGAGUACGAGGAGCAAAAUACAAACGAUUGAAUUUGAGCAAAGGAUAGAACUAAGACGUGGAAACAGAAAGGGUAUUGCCAAGUGGCUCAUUGCAAUUAAGGAGUAUAAUCUGCUUUACAUUCAGUUCUUGCACCCAUUCACUCCUUUCUAAAGCCCAAUUUUUUUUCUACCCAUUUGUCUAAUUCUCUCUCUAUGACAGCCCUUUUCACCCUUCAUAUAUAUCAACGCUAUUCUUCACUUACGUGAUCGGCUCAUUUUAACCCUAAAGCUUUCCUUCGUCCGGCUGCUGCUAUCAGACAGUCCAUGAAAAGCAUCAGGUGUUAUGGAGGAGACUGGACAACAAAAUCUCGAAGAUCCUCAACUUGAGGUAGUGCCUCCUAAAAUAGGAGAGGAUGGGAGCUACUAUGACUGUGUUGUAUGUGAAAAUGGAGGAGAUCUUCUAUGUUGUGAUAUUUGCCCAAACGUUUAUCAUCUAUGGUGCCUUACCCCACCCCUAGAGCAUGUUCCUUUGGGAGAGUGGCAAUGCUCAAACUGCAAGGAGAGUAAUCCUUCAGUAUAUGCUGAUGAUAAGGUUCUCGCUGAAGAAGUAACUGGGAGCUUGCCGAACCUUUCAAGCAUGAAUACCACCACAUCGAAACAUGACAACACUUGUGAUGAUAAGCCAACAGGAAAGAAGGACAAGGGCGAGAUCAUGCAUCUUGAUUUGCUUGCGGAUGUCUGCACAAACUCUCCGUUCAAAAACAUAUGUGAAACAUCUGCCAUUCAAAAAGCAUCUGGAACCAAUACACAAUCUCCUAAUAUGCACAAGAAAAGUGCACAGAUAAAACUUUCUCGGUUCGCCAUGGAAACAAAGAUAAAGGAACAUAAUAAAGAAGAGGACAUCUGGCUGUUUGAAGAAGAACUGGAUUCACUUUGGAUUGGAGUCCGUAGGCAUGGAGAAAGCUCCUGGGAAACUAUCCUCAACGACCCAACAUUGAAAUUCUCCUGUAUCAGGACUCCAACUUCCUUAGCAAAGAGGUGGAUAGUCGAAAAACAGAAAAUUUUAUCUGAAAUGAAUCAGAUGCUUCCACCACUGUCUAAGAAACGGCCUGCUCAAGAUCCCGAUACUAGCAAGGAUGAAUGAGAACUUACAUUGGGUUAACAAAAAAAAGGGCACCAUAAUAUGAGAGUAAUUACUUAUAUGUGGAAAGAAUGGCAAAAUUGAAGUUAAAUUCUUAAAUUGUUGCAUCAUCUUUAUACUUUAUACUUUAUACCUUAAUU